AUGGAGACUAAGAUGGCUGGCGAUGGAAAAAAGUCCAAGGGAUGGUUUUGGUGGGUUUUGGUGACUGUCAUCGGAGUUCUUGUGAUCACGGCGGCCACACUCACCAUUCUGAGGGAUUUUCGUUCCAAGGCACCGAAAGUCCAUAGCCACCACGGUCCGGUCGUGCAGAAAUAUGCAGACGCUCUGGGAAUCGCUGUGCAGUUCUUCGAUGUUCAAAAAUCUGGUAAGUUGGUGAAUAACAGGAUUUCUUGGAGGGGCGAUUCAGGGCUUAUGGAUGGUAGCGAAGAAGGCUUAGACUUAUCGAAAGGAAUGUAUGAUGCAGGGGACUCGAUAAAGUUCGGUUUCCCCAUGGCUUUCACUGCGACAAUGCUAUCGUGGGCGAUUCUUGAGUAUGGAGAUCAGAUGAAUGCGGUGAAGCAGUUGAGACAAGCACAGGACUCGCUCAAAUGGAUCACUGAUUAUCUCAUCAAUGCCCAUCCUUCACCAAAUGUGUUCUAUAUUCAGGUGGGUGAUCCCGACUUGGACCACAAGUGUUGGCAAAGGCCCGAAUCCAUGACCUUGCAAAGGCCCCUUACUCAAGUGAACACAUCGUCUCCAGGAACAGAGGUUGCGGCAGAAACUGCCGCUGCAAUGGCGUCGGCUUCUUUGGUCUUCAAGAAGAUCAACUCCACUUAUUCGAGUUCGCUGCUGAUGCAUGCACAUCAGCUAUUUGCUUUUGCUGAUACCUAUCGGGGUUCCUAUAGCGUCACGGACCCCAGUGGGCAAAGAUUCUACAAUUCUUCGGGCUACGGAGAUGAAUUGCUUUGGGCAGCUAGCUGGCUCUACCUUGCGUCUGCCGACAGAUCGUACCUAAGAUAUGUAACAAUUGACCACGGACAGGAAUUUGGUAAUUGGAGACGACCAAGCUGGAUUAGUUGGAAUGACAAACUUCCAGGAGUCCAGGUGUUACUAUCACGCGUAGAUUUCUUCGGAGCGAGCGAAGUUCCGAUCUCUGAGAAUCUCGCGCUCCAGAUGUACAGGGAAACUGCCGAGAUGAUGAUGUGUAGCCUUCUGCCUGAUUCACCUACUGCCACAUCAAGCAGAACAGAAAGUGGGCUGAUUUGGGUGACUGAAUGGAACUCACUGCUGCAUUCUGUGGGUGCUGCAUUUCUAGCCGUCCUUUACAGCGAUUACAUGCUCACUUCCGGUACCGCCGCCUUGUAUUGCAGCGGGAGAUCCUAUAGACCAGGCGAUCUUCGUGAUUUUGCGACUUCGCAGGUGGAUUAUGUAUUGGGUGAAAACCCGAUGAAGCUGAGCUAUCUAGUCGGGUUUGGGGAAAACUACCCUCGGUAUGUACACCACCGAGGGUCUUCCAUCCCCGUCGAUGCGACUACCGGGUGCAAAGACGGGUUUAAGUGGCUCAACUCCUCCGCUCCCAACCCGAACAUAGCGGUUGGAGCGCUUGUCGGCGGGCCCUUCCAGAACGAGACGUACAGAGACUCUCGUAACAACUCGAUGCAAGGCGAGCCAAGCACUUACAAUAGCGCGCUCAUAGUCGGCGUCCUCUCGGGUUUGGUCACCAGCUCUUCAGUGGCGAAAUCUUUCCUAUAGGGUUGGCAAAUCCUUGUACAAAUCCGGAGACGUCCAUGUAGUACUAUUCGUUAGGAUCUACCUUUCAAA